ACAUCCUUGUUGGUGCUGCUAAUCCUCCCCGUGCCUUCUCUUACCGUGCAACACCGACAGUCUCAUACUAAUACCAGAUGGAUGUGUGUUGUCUCUCUGCAGUGUGGUAUCUGAUAGCGAUUUACGCGCUGAUUCAGCUGGUGCGCUUCAUUUUUGCGGAUGCGGACUUCACUCUGCUGUGGGCUUGUCUGGUCGGGAACAAGCCAGAAACCAAGUUGAAAGGCCUGGUGGUAUGGGUCACCGGGGCCUCCAGUGGCAUAGGCGAGGAGCUGGCCUAUCAGCUGGCAGGCUGCGGCUGUCGCCUCAUCCUGUCAGCUCGCCGUGUGGACGAGCUGGACAGGGUGAAACGUUGCUGCCUGGAGCGUUCCAACCUACAAGAUCAGGAUAUUCUUGUUCUUCCACUUGAUUUGUUGGAGAGGACAUCCCAUGAGGCAAAAAUGAAAACUGCUCUCCAGCACUUUGGCAAUAUUGAUAUCCUGAUUAAUAAUGGUGGCCGAACCCAGCGCUCUCUGUGCUUGGAGACCAGCCUUGAUGUGUACCAGGCCUUGAUGGAGCUCAACUUCCUGGGCACGGCGUCGCUCACCAAGCAGGUGCUGCCUCACAUGACGCAGCGAGGCACCGGGAGUGUGGUGACCGUCAGCAGUGUGGCAGGCCUCGCCGGGGCGCCGCUGGCAACUGGAUACUGUGCCAGCAAACACGCUCUUCAGGGCUUCUUCAAUGCUCUUCGGACUGAGCUCACCGACUAUCCACACAUACUCAUCAGCACAGUGUGUCCAGGGCCUGUGCAGUCACAGAUUGUCCAAAAUGCCUUCACAGAGGAACUGGACAUGCCUGUCACCAGAGUUGGUGACCAGGAGUAUAAGAUGGCAACAAAGCGCUGUGUGCAUUUAAUCCUGGUUGGCAUUGCCAAUGGUGUCAAAGAAAUGUGGAUAUCCAAGCAGCCCUUCCUGCUGUUUAACUACAUGUGGCAGUAUACUCCUACCUGGGCCUGGGCCAUCACAGACUUGCUGGGCAGGAAAAGAGUGCAGAAUUUCAAGGCAGGUCUGGAUGCAGAUGCAGCAUACUUUACAAAGCCUAAGACCUCCUGAAAAAUAACAUUGAAGAGGAAAACACAGUCUGUUGUGCUCCUAAUGCUUGAACUGGAUAUUGAGAGGGGUUUGCCUGCAGAAUCUCAAGGUCUCUCCUUUUUCAUAAAAGGAAAAUGUUUAAGGAUGCAACUGCUUGAAAGGCUCAGGGCUCUCUUUGCAGGGUGUAAUAGGAUUUGAGGAAAAAAAAGCUUGUAUGCAUUUUCAAUUUGCUCUAAGUUAUCACCUUAAAAAUUUGGAUGUGCCCACUCAGACUUUAAUGUAAGACUAUAUAAUAUGAAUAUAAAGCAGUGCUUUCACCUAAAAUAUAAAUCCAUAUUGAUGCUUUUAUUGAUGCUUUUACUGUCUUUUGUAACAAACUACUUCCAAUUCACACUAACAUCAAGCAGAGAGCCUAGAUGAUUGUGGGAAUAAUGUUUCAUUUGACCACUGGCACUAACUGGUUUAAUGCCUAAUAUGAUUCAGUUGUGAUCAAAUCCCCCGUCUUGCGUGCUUUCUUUAGUGAAACUAAUAACAAAACUGCUUCUGUCAAGCUAUUUUAUUAUAAGUAUAUACACUUACACAUAAAAUCAACAAUAUAUACAAUGUAAAACUCCAAUUAACUCAAUUCUAAAUUGUAAACAAGUGAACUGUAAACAAAACAAUAGCAAAUAUUUUCUAACCACAUUACAUGUACUGCAAGACAAACCCAAGGCACAUCCUUGAAUUUAACACUUCCUAACAAAAUAGUAAAAUUCAUUUCCCUUUUUGUGGACAUCAAGGGAAACAUCCGAAAGUUGUGAAAUCUAAAAAGUACAAUGAAUCCAGAGGUAUUCCAGAUGUUAUCCCCUGAAGUGUAGGUGGGCAAAUUUAUUCACUUUUUUAAAGCACAAACAAUAAUAAACCACAAAACGUAUGUGCUUCUAUGGAAACCAGUCAGUAGCACACGUAGGAUAAGAUACGAACGUUCAAUGGAAAUACAUCUGUUGUAAUGUACUGUUCUAGAAAGCACUCCGUAUUGUUUUGUUGCUGUAACAGAAUUUGUAACUUGCACAAAAAUAGAGUGUUAAUGCCACUGUGUCUGUCCCCUGUGGUGCACGGAAGUCCCCCCCGCCAAAAAAGGUUCUCAUAUAUAUUCCUCUCUUCUGAACUCAGUUCAGUCAGAGCUUUAAUAAUAAAACUCCAGAGAUGAA